AUGUUGUGGAAAAUAACAGAUAAUGUCAAGUAUGAAGAGGAUUGUGAGGAUCGCCACGACGCGAGCAGCAAUGGGAACCCGCGCAUCCCCCACCUCUCCUCGGCCGGACAACACCUCUACAGCCCCGCGCCACCUCUCUCGCACACCGGGGUCGCGGAGUACCAGCCGCCCCCCUACUUCCCGCCGCCCUACCAGCCUCUGGCAUACUCUCAAUCCACCGACCCCUACUCGCAUCUGGGAGAGGCUUACGCUGCAACCAUCAACCCCCUGCACCAGCCUGCGCCCACAGGCAGCCAGCAGCAGGCUUGGCCGGGUCGACAGAGCCAGGAGGGCGCUAGCCUGGCCCCGCACCACGGCCGUCCUGCUGGCCUGCUACCCCACAUUUCAGGGCUAGAAGGGGGCGCGGUGAGUGCCAGGCGGGAAGCCUACCGCCGAUCGGACCUGCUGCUGCCUCAUGCGCACGCCCUGGAAGCCGCCGGCCUGGCAGAGAACUUGGGGCUGCAUGACAUGGCCCACCCCAUUGAGGAGGUGCAGAAUGUGGACGAUCCGCACCUGCUUCUGCACGAUCAGACUGUGAUUCGCAAAGGACCCAUUUCAAUGACCAAGAACACUUUGGGCCUCCCCUGCCAGAAGGACAUGGUGGGAUCCGUCAUGAACCCCAGUGAGGUCUUCUGCUCUGUUCCUGGAAGACUGUCCCUGCUCAGCUCCACAUCUAAAUACAAAGUGACAGUGGCUGAGGUACAGAGGCGACUGUCACCACCCGAAUGCCUAAAUGCCUCGCUCCUGGGAGGUGUGCUCAGAAGAGCAAAAUCCAAAAACGGAGGCCGGUCCUUGCGGGAGAAGCUGGACAAGAUUGGGUUGAACCUUCCGGCCGGGAGGCGGAAAGCUGCCCACGUCACCCUGCUCACGUCUCUCGUGGAAGGCGAGGCCGUCCACCUGGCACGGGACUUUGCCUAUGUGUGUGAGGCUGAGUUUCCCAGUAAAGCAGUGGCUGACUAUUUAACCAGACCGCAUCUUGGGGGACGAAAUGAGAUGGCCACGAGGAAGAACAUGCUGCUGGCAGCACAGCAAGUGUGCAAAGAAUUCACAGACCUUCUCCAUCAAGACCGAACACCCAACGGGAACAACAGGCCCGCUCCAGUCUUGGAGACGAACAUACAGAACUGUCUGUCUCAUUUCAGCCUGAUAACUCAUGGCUUUGGCAGCCAGGCCAUCUGUGCAGCUGUAUCUGCGGUGCAGAAUUAUAUCAAGGAGGCUUUGAUAACCAUUGACAAGUCCUAUAUGAACCCAGGAGACCAGAGUCCUGCUGAUUCCAACAAGACCAUGGAGAAGAUGGAAAAGCACCGGAAAUAA